GGUUGAAAUUCAAACGAUGCGAACUCCCUCCGCGCGGCGCGACGGCCGGCAGAGAGGUCGAGGCAGGGGCGAGCUGCAGGAGGCCGCGCUCCCAGUCCAGGCGAGUCCGAGGUUCCCGGGCGGGGUCGAACCCGCGGCCAACGCGAGCGGCGGAGGCUUAAAGAGCUCCGGUCCCCGCCUCCCAAUGGCUACUGAGCAGUGGUUCGUGGGGCCGCUCCCCCCGGGCCCUGGGGAAACCCCGCCCCCAGAUGACUUGGAAUCUGGGGCACAGCCUUGCGGAGACCUCUCGUGGUCGACGCCCCCUGGCCGACCAGGGGACCCACCCCAGGCGGAGCCCCAGGACGUCCAGGGGCAGGUGCCCGAGGCCUCCACCUCUACGCCUUCCCCCGAGCCUCUGGCCCCGGGCCCGGGGCGCGCACCUCCUCGCCUACCCUGGGACACCAUGUUCAGCCCCAUCACAGAACAGCUCCGCUACCUGCUCAAGAAGGCAGAUGACUUCCAGAACUACUUGCUCUACAGCAGAGACCGAGUGCAGAAGGAACAGCUGGCAAAGGCCAUGCCCACCUUCUUACAGAUAUGUGAGCCCUACUUCCUGUACCUGGAGGCAGCUGCGAGGAGCGUGCCCCCCAUCUAUGGAGCCCUGCAGGAGCUGGUCCGGAAGGGGCUGUUGGAGAUCUCCCAGCAGCUGACCCUCCGCCUGGAACAGGUGGUACUCAUGUACGCCUCCUUUGGGUUUGUGGGCCUGGAGGAGACUGACCCCCUAAGCAUCUCCUGUUUCUUCUGUGGGAGGUUCGCCAUCAGCCCUGCCCAUGAGGUGUCCAUCUUCAGAUACUGUGCCCCAGCCGCCUACACUGCCCGCCGCUUCCCGCGAUACCUGUAUAAGAAGAUGCGCUGGAACCUGGAAACCACCCCUGAGCCCAGCGGCUGGGGGCACGAUUCCCAUGUGGAUUACUACUUCUUGUGCUAUCGAGACACAUGGGAAGACACAGGCACCAGUCCGGCCAAUUCAUGCCCCCAGAUUCAGAAGCUGUGGUCCAUUGGCCGAUGGGUGCCACUAGAACCAGCCGAGGAUGACCUUUAUUCAUGGACUUUGUGCCCGCAGCCGCUUGGGGACUACCAGCAGCUGCUGACCAUCGGCUUCGAGGAACCGUCGCACACGCUGGCCACCGACCUGCUGGUGCAGAUCCUCACGGGCCAGGCGGGCGCGGCCCGGCCCCCGAGCGCAGCCGGGCCCGCGGCGUGGGCCGCGCAGGGGCCUUGAACCCAGAGAGUGGGUGGGAGCGGAGCCUGACAGUUCCAAACUCCAGGAGAGGGGCAGAGGAGGGGCUCGCUCGCUCUCCUGGUGCAGCUCGGCCUGGCCUUCCAAGGGGCCAGGCCGAGCAUGCCCGUGCGCACCGAGUCCGGCCCCGCCGGGGAGCCCUGCAUGCUGAAACGCCAGUUUUGUGUUAAAUAAAGAAAGAGGUCACA